UUGUAUCUCCGUAUAAAUACGGGUUGACUCAUGGUUCCUCUUUCUUACUAGAACUUGCUCAACACGCUUUAGAGUACCAAGUGAGAUUAGCUUUACCGAGAGGAGCAGGGAAAUGGAGCCUUUAUAAUUAAGGCUUCCUUCUUACGCAUCGGUCUCGUCGUGAAUGGAUAUGCGCUCAGGCAACUUUUACACCGAUCUUUAGUCUGUCAAAAAAGAGCUCUCAAACAACUUUUGAUCGCAUAGGUGAUUUUAGCCUAAGUGAAGGUGGACUGAACGAAACAUGUUCCCAUUACCAAUGUUCACACCGGAGCAGGUGGCUCGCGUGUGCGAGAACCUGGAAGAGACGGGGGACAUUGAGCGUCUGGGUCGCUUUCUCUGGUCUCUACCGGCUGCUGUACCGGGCUCGUCAGGCGAGGCCCUGAACCGACACGAAUCGGUAAUGCGCGCCAGGGCCCUUGUGGCGUUCCACACGGGGAACUUCGAGGCGCUCUACCAGAUCCUACAGAGCCAUCGCUUUACGCGCGAGUCGCACGCCAAGCUCCAGGACCUGUGGCUGGACGCACACUACCGCGAGGCGGAACGGCUGCGGGGGAGGCCGCUGGGGCCAGUGGAGAAGUAUCGCAUUCGCAAGAAGUUUCCCCUGCCACGCACUAUCUGGGACGGCGAGCAGAAGACGCACUGUUUCAAGGAGAGGACCAGGAGUCUGCUCCGGGAGUGGUACCUGCAGGACCCGUACCCCAACCCGUCCCGAAAGCGCCACCUGGCCCAGGCCACGGGCCUCACGCCCACCCAGGUGGGCAACUGGUUCAAGAACCGCCGGCAGAGGGACCGCGCUGCCUCCGCCAAAAACAGACUGCAGCAGGAUCCGAGCCUCCACCCUUCGGGCAGUUCUCCGGAAUGUUCCUCGCAGGACCACCACCUGUCCUCCCCGCAGCGCGGCCACGGCAGCCCGCUGGCCAGCGACUGCAGCUCGGGCACCGGCCCCCGCGGCACCCGCGCCUUCACACCGGACAUCUCCAUCAGCAGCGACAGCGAGUUUGAGCCCUGAGACGACCCAGCACCAAACACACCCCACGGCCUCCUGUUUACAGGGCCCUUCCCAAAAUCAAGCUUUUCAGGCAGUCUGGGCAGGCGAAGGAAGAUGAAGGAACCCUGUCAUUGGGUCCUUCAAAGACCCAAAGAGGAACCACAGGAGAGAGAAAGGUUCCAGAACCAAAAGAGAGACCCAACCCUCAAAGAGACUGGGGUCUGGUGGUCAGAGAAUUUGUUAUGAACUCUCAUGGAUUUCUUGGUUUCUGUUGAACUCACAAACAUACUCCUACCAGCUCUCUGAUAUUGGGAGAAACUGAAUAUGAUUCAGGGUGAGAUGGAUAAUUACAGAUGAAAAUAACUUAAAACACAAAAGAACUAAAUGCACUUAUUGUAACUUGAUAGGCUUGAGAACUCAUCAAGGAAAUCCAAAACACUCUGUCGCAAUUUCAAGAUGACAUUUUAAAAAACAGCACUACUGUUUCAAAAACAUCUGUUUUGUUGUGAUCAUGUUGUGUCCAUGAAUGUUGUUAUGUAUUAUACAUUUUGAUUUCUACUCUCUUUUGUUUUUGUUAAAGGGAAACUCUAAUAUGAAACAAAAACACCAGACAUCCUUUCAGUCUUAACAGUUUCGAUUUUCACCAGCCUUUAAUGGCCUGCACAACAAAUCUGUUAUCUUAUAUUCCUUAUCCUUAUUCCUCAUCUUAUAUUCCUUAUCUAUCUAUCUCUAUGGACCCUUUCAAGAGAGUUCCAUUAUCAGCAUCAUAGUUGGCCCCACAAGACUUCCUUUUUAACAUUCCAUAUGUUAUCUUAAUGCAGAGGAAGUAGAUUGGGGCCCAAAUAGAACGUUCAAGCAUUGUUUUUGUUUUUAUUGUUGAAAGGGUCUAUAUAUUUCGACUCACUUUCUCACUCUUCCUAUCAUCACUGUAUCCUUCAUACUUGAUUUAGGCAAAAGAGAAGUGCCAAACCAACCAGUCUGGUGAAUGGAUUUCUCAUGUCUUUAUUAGGACUUGGGCAGUGCUCUGACUUAUGCAGUGCUUCCCCUGUUUGGUUGCAGCUCAGAUUUAAUCCGGCUGGGAUAAAAUAAUAAUGUAAUAAUGUCUAAUAAUUCCCAUAAUGUGACUGAAUAUUUGUUAAACCAGAGCUGCAACUGAACACUGCAGAUGAGAGCAUACUCUCUACAAUUUGUCAUAGACUGAUUAUUACAAAGACACCAUGUCCCUCAGAAAUAUCUGAAGUGGUAAGAGACUAUGCGCCUUCACAUGAAUUAGGACAUCUUUUUUUUUUUAGAACAUCAUUUUUUUUUUUUUAAUCUGAAACUAUUAAUGCUGGCAUUGUCUGGUGGGGUAUUUGGUCUAAUCACAUGUAGAGUUUAAACACAGAGCUAGCACUGUGUGUAGGGCUGACUAGAUCCCAACGUUGUGUGUGUAUAUCUUCAGUUGGGCAUUUAUUCCACAAUUUGUCAUGUUGGCAGUGUGUCUCUGAGGUGCACACAUUUGCAUGUGCAGUAUGUGUGUCUGGGGAAUGUAUCUCUAAACAUACAUAUGGUAUGUCUGUCUGUGGUCCACUGGGCUAAUGUUCAGCACCCCUAACACUGCAGACAAGUCAUAGACAUGCUACCUCAUACUCCGUACAUUCUUAGGUAGAAAUGUUAUGCUGCUGCUACCUGAUUACACAACACACCCAGAUUCGGAGUCAAUACUUUGACCUUCGACCUUCUCAGUCUAGAUGAAGUCACUGGGUACUGCUACUUUGAGACAAUUGAGACAAACAGAGAGAAAAAAAACGACGCACUAAGAGAGAUAAAGAUAGAGGGAUAGAAAGAGUGGAAAAAGAGGUGAAAAUUCUGUAAGAGCAUAGAGAUGCUCCUAAGGUCACACAGCUUGGUCUUAAUUCCAUUCACGUGCCUAAACUUUGUGGGCAGACUCAACUCACUCUCCUGCCUGCCUAACAAAAUGAGUGACACACUGAUCAAACCUCCUACAUAUGCCCAUAUACAAUAAUUUUUAUGAGGGAGUUGUCUGAAAGAGGGAGUUUUUUAUGUCCUAUGUGUACAUUUGAAAUAAAUGAUAUUAUUUUUUAUCUGAAA